AUGAAGCUCCGCUCAAACCGCAAUACCGACCGCCGGUCGGCCAGCGUCACCGGGCUCUACGACCUGCCGCCCGAGCUGCUCGAUUGGGUUAUCUCCUACGCCGACCAAGUCGACCUCCUCAACCUCUCCUUGGUCUGCAAGUCCUUCAACAAGCUUGUGGCCUCGCGCUUGUACUCGGAAUACAUCAACACAAACUUGCAAUACCGUCGUCCCAUCUCCAAAUUUCUUCUCAGAGUUGCCCAAGAUGCCAGCCUCGCUCAUCACGUGCGCCGCCUUGAGCUCGGCGUCUGGAACACCAAGCUAGUCUUUCUCCACCCUGGCUUCCGCAAAGACGUCCCUGCGUUGCCUGACGACCAAUUCGAUGCCCUUGUUGCCGCUGCAAAGCAGUCCGGUCUCGUCCAGGAUGAUCAAGACUGUCUAAACCUCAGGCCCAUCAGGAAAAACAACGACCUCUGGUGUGAAUAUGGUUCAACAUAUGACUCUGACGGCUAUACCUCCGAUGAUCUCGACGAGUUCGACUCCGACUCCGACUCCGAUUCCGAGGGUUCCGCACCUUCUCCUAACCCAAAAUCCCAUGACGAUGUUGAAUUUCUGCGCUGCCUCAAGCGUGGGAUCGAAGACCCUCAAGUCAUCUUGCUGCUUUCCAAGCUCCCCCGCUUGCAGGAGCUGUCCUUGCGCGGUCCUCACAUGAGUCAGGGCUUGCCGUGGGACAGACUCUGUUCGCAUUCUCUCACUUCCCUCACCAAACUCAAGUUGGCUGGUAACAGCAGUGACUCGACUUGGGACAUUGCUGAAAUCAACACUGUAAUCCGACUACCUUCAUUACGAGAGCUACAUGGGUACAUGGCAACAAGUGAUGAAUGGGACGAUGUCGUCAACAAAUACCUGCAAGUCGAGCCAAAGUCGCUUUCGCUUACCCAUAUCUAUCUCGAACGCUGUGCACUGGGGCCAAAAACGAUCAAAAAUCUCAUCGAAGGCUGCAAAGCCCUUGAAGCCUUCUCCUACGUUGCUGGCGGGAGAUACGUUGGCUACGAGCAGUUCCGCGCCAAGGAAGCCAAAGAACACUUGCUCAAGCACAAAGCGACCCUGAAGUACCUUGCCUUGGACCUCUCGCACUGGGACUUUCCCCGCAAUUUCACGAGCUUCAAGUCCAUGGCCGACUUCACCAAUUUGGAGAAGAUUGUCAUGGACUAUGGAACACUCCGCUGGAAGCCGACACACUUCUUGGCUCCUGUAACAUUGAUGGAGGACGACGAUGGAGAACGGGAUGAUGACAGCGAUGUUCACGCAGCAAAUACCCAGCCCCCUCUUCCCGACCUCCUUCCGGCCUCUCUCCAGGAGCUCGUCAUAUUCCAAGCACCCCCAGUCAUCAUAGAGAACCUUAUCGCAUUCGAAACCUCGAGCCGAGAUCAGCACCCCCACCUCAAAUCCGUGCAGAUCCACACGUCGAAGCGCAAAGUCGCCCAGUUCGACGACCACAAGCGCCUCCCGGACAUUUUCAAAGAGAAAGGCAUCGAGUACGCCGAACCGCCCAUCGACAUGCAAUUCCCCAUCCCGCAAAUGCACGACUGGAUAAUGGACACCAAGAUCCGGCUGAUGACGCGGUGGAAUCCAAAAGACAAAAAGUACCAGAGCUUCUCAACGCGGCCCAGCUACCGCCGCUUUUGCGAGGAGGUCCUGCAUGAGGACCCAACUGCCAGCGGCGGCCCGCUCGACCCGGCGACCAACUUCGCUUACGGAUUCGAAGACGACCUGAUCAGCUAUCUGGACGACCGGUUUGAGGAAGAGAUGACGCCAUCCGAGGCCGAUUGGGAGAUUCAGCGCUCCCUGGAAAAUGAGCAAAUAAUGCUGGAUGUAGUACAAGGCAUCAUGGGUCCGCUUGUGCCACCAGGUGUUGCGCCCAAUGUCAACAUCAACCAUCCCGAUAUGGGCCACGACGACGAGAUCGAGUCGGAAGGCAGUUAUGUAAGCUUGAUCGAUGAUAGCUUUGACCACGAAGAUGACUUGGAGGAUGAGUUCGAUGAUGAUGGGCUGGACUCGGAUCUUGAUUCUGAAUUGAGUGGCCAAAUGUACGAGCCGAUGGCGUACUACGAGUGGGACUGUUUCUACUAG